ACGUCAAUCCAAUCCAGGACACAAAGUUGCGGUGAGCAAUUGCAAGGCGAUGAGCUUGAGGUACAUGAGCCGUGUGGGCGCGCGGGUGGUGCGGGAGAGCACGGGCAGGUCGGUCAAGGCGCAGGCGCAGGCGGCGUCCAUGGCGAGGAGCGGCGGCAGCAGGGCGCCGGCCGCCGGGUCGGUGGAGUCGGGGAGAGCGAGCGCCGUGGCGGCGGCGGCGGCGGCCAGGAGGAAGGCGGAGGAGGAGAAGCGGCGGCGCGCCGAGCAGGCGCUGCGCACCGUCAUGUUCCUCUCCGUCUGGGGCCCCAACACCUAGGCCUAGUAGGAAUCAAGGAGUGUUAGCAUCAUCAUGUGUAGCGUUCUGUGCACGUUUGUUUGUUUGUUUGUUUGUUUGUUUGAGGUUCAGAAAACAAAGUGUAUAUUACUUACAGUGGUAUAAUCUUUGAAG